UUAUGUCGUUUUUCUUUUAUUCGCGUCGCUGUUGUCACCUUGUCUCUGCUGCCCGAAAAUGCCGAACUUUAUUCUUGUUCACUAUGAUGACGACAUUUCCGAGGUAGUUCCGAUCGGCUAUGUAAAGAACAAGGAAGCAGAGAAUGUCAGGAAGCACGGAAAAUAUAAAAUCGCGUGGUGUGUAGACAUCAGCUUGAAGAAUCAAGAACCACCGGAAGGUGCGAAGUAUUACAAGGGAGUAGUGCUGCAGUUGAUUGACACACUCAAAGAAGCCCAGAGCAUCAGGAGCACCAGGAUUGCUGAAGUUUCUGCAGCUGGGGAGAAAGAAAGUGCCAAGACACUUGGAAAGACUCAAAAGGCCAAUGCAGCUCUUGGCCAGGUGACAAACUGGGACGAGAUCCUGAAAGCCCACAACAAGGAAGUACGAAAAAAUCCAGCUUUUGCGGGUGGAGACCUACCUGUGCCAGCUGGGGCCUCUGAUGAUGAGAACGCUGAUGAGAUGGCCAAACUUCGCGAGAAGUACAGGAAAGCGAAGAACAAAGUUCGAAGAUUAAAAGAAGAGCUGCAGACCGUCACAGAGCUGAACAGGGACCUCCAGAGGGCCCUGGUACGGAAAGAAGAACAAGUCAGGGCAGUAGCGCCAGUUGCCAUACCUGCUCCUGCACCACCUCCUGUGAUGGAAAGGGCCGCACAACCAGCUGCAGCCUUUGGCCCAGUGGCAGCUCCUGUGGCUGCUGAAGCAUUCGCUGCAGCAGGCUCCAGUAAUGAGCCUAUGUACGAGCUGCUGACAUACACUGAAGAGGGUGAUAUGAUGAACUUCACUGAUGUGGGAGUUAAACUCCAGAGAAAAGCAUGGGACAGCGCCAUGGAUCCAAAGAUUGGGUCAAGUCUGGCCAUCAAGAACCUGGCCACGUCCGUGUGGGGCUCGGACGUGCUGCUGACAAGGACCGUGACGGGAGUGCCAUCAAAUGCGAACAAGGAGAAAGAGUCGAGGCCACCUUUAACGCCCAAGAAGGUGGCAUUCUUAAGAGAGUGCCUCAUCAAAAAACUUCACGGGCAAGCGAUGCACCCAGAGGUGAUUGCAGUUCAAGCCACCACCACCAGGGUGAACAGGGUACUCGGUGAAAAAAUAAACGAUCUCAGACGCCGGGACAAGCGUCUGACUAAGGACUAAAUAAAAACAAGACCAGCCGGUUCGUGGCAAUGGCUCAAUCAAAUAUGGCA